AUGACAUCCGUCGCGACCGUCGUCGUAGGACUGCGAUGCUACACGAGGUGUCGUAUUUCCCAUUGCUUUGGUCUGGACGACUAUGCCAUCAUGUUUGCUCUGGUUGCUUUGAUCGCCAGGUUCAUUCUCUCCUGCAACUGUGUCUGGACAGUCACAGUCAGCGUGACAAAGGCGUCUAUCUUGGCCCAGUAUUUACGCAUCUUCGACGCGCGGUAUACGAGGGCGCUGUGUUACUUCAUGCUGUUCCUGCUUGUCCCUGCGGUCGCAUGGGGCAUCUUUGCCGGCAUCUUCCUAUGCACGCCGACUGCCAAACUCUGGAAUCCGAGCUUGGCUGGCCACUGCAGAAGCGCGAAAAGCUACUGGCUAUCCGUGGCAGCGAUUGAUAUCUUCCUGGAUUUCGCCGUCCUGGUUCUGCCCAUGCCAUCAAUAGCCAGUCUACAUCUCCCCCGAAAGCAGAAGCUCGCGACUAUAGGAAUGUUUACCCUCGGCUUCCUGGUCUGCUUUGUCAGCGUGGCCCGGAUAGCAUCCGUUGUGAUUUCCUCCGAUCAGGGAGACCACGUCAUGUCUGGCCUUUGGGCAAUCAUCUGGUCGAGCGUCGAGGCGAAUGUGGGCAUUUCGUGCGCAUGCCUGCUAUCAUUGAAAGCACUCCUCACGAAGCUCUUCCCGCGUCUCUUGUGGCGACUCGGAAGCGGCCACCUUGAGCCAGUUUGGGACGAGCUGGACCACAAAGCGGACAGCGGAAAGCAGCGGGAAGCUGCGAUGGACAUGGUCGCCGGGAGCGACUUUAUGUGUUGGGUCCGCGCAGGCUCGCGGCUCCAACAACAGUAG